GAUAUAAAAGCAGGGUGAAGUUUGGGUAUGCCGAGUAGUUUCAAACAGCUAGUAGUUUUAAACGGACGUAUAAGGACGAGGUUGUGUGCCAUAUUUUCGAAAACUAGAUUUCCAAGAUUGCACCACAAUACCAGACUGUUAUAAAUUAGUCGCUAUAACAAACGCUUUUAUUAACUAAAAAUUGAGAACAAAUGAUUCAUGAAAAAAUGGGAACAGGAAAAUUUUUAAUCGAUGGAAAAAAAGAUAAUUUGUUCCAUUCAACAAAUGCACAACAUGGGCAAACAUGGUUCAAUACACACGUUCCAGGCUAUAAUGCAGGCCAUCCUCUCACACAACAAACUCUAUAUAAUUCCGCCAUUCCACAGGUUGCAUUUGAGCAAAUCUGCUCCGCCUACGCUUACCAACAACAGCAACGAGCGCAGUUGAUUGUCAGCCACCACCAAUCAGCAACCGAAGUGCUCGAUCUCUCGCAACGCGAGUCCUUUGAAUCGACGUCAACAAUGCCGAAGACACCUCCUUCCUACCAGACAAAUUGGGACAAUGCCGAAUCGCCAGCACGAUCACGCCAUAUCUACGCCAAUAACGGAGAAGAAAAAGAAUCACAACAACCACAACAAAUACCAGUCAAUUUACUUUACAAUGCACAACAUCAAAUGGGUCCGUUUGGCCCCUUCUACCCUACGCUAUACAACUCAAUCGAUAACAUAUCCAAAGAAGUCAAAGCAGCUACUACGCCAUCGCAAGCACUAGCAUUAACACCACCAUCCUCUAACACACCGCUGUUCUCCCCUCAGCCCCAGACAUCACCGAUCUCUAAUGAUUCUGUUGUUGUUGCUGGCACCGCAGCCGCGACCAACACCGCCAGUACGAGGCACAACGUCAGUGUCAAGUCGGAAGAUAUGUGCAUUGCACCACUAUCGCCCAUCUCAAGUCAUGACGGGCGUAGUAGAUCUCCCAUAAGAUCAACACAAAAUGUUUUACCAACAAAUUCCAGCACGCCCAGUAGUAGCGAUGUCUUAAGAGCGCUGCAAACGACGACGCGUCCUUUCAAAGCCUUUCCCCGCGAUCCCCUCGUUAUAGCUGCCAAUUUCGCCGCCACAGAUAUACUUCUGGACAUUCCGCGUACUGAAAGCUACAAGGAAUAUCGGAGUCGCAUGCUGAAACAAAUGAAAACAAAAAAUGGUGGCUCACUGACUGUCACCAAUCCCAAAAUGCGUCGUAUCAACACACGACGCAGCAGCAGUGGCAGCAAUAAUGCAGCUGAGUGUGUCAACAGUGAAGGUGAUGAACGUCAUGGUGUUGGAGCAGACGAAUCAAGUGAUUGCGAUUCCUCCAUUACCGGUUGUCAAGUGGAAACUAAUAAUAGUAAUAGUAAUGAUGACAAUAAUAAGAAUGAUGCCGCAAGCAACAACAGCUCAUCGGGUGGACAAGUAAAGGAUGCUGCUUACUAUGAGCGGCGACGUAAAAAUAAUGCUGCGGCGAAGAAAUCACGCGAUCGUCGUCGCAUUAAGGAAGACGAAAUAGCCUUACGUGCUGCAUUUUUAGAACGUCAAAAUAUCCAACUUCUCUCCCAAAUAACGACACUUAAGCAGCAGCUGGCCGCAUUCACAUCGAAGGCGGUGAGCGCGUGAACUGAAUGUGAAAAAAAUGGGCAGAGGGGUAGGCUUAAAUGGCGUCAAACGCAUCCGUAUUAAAUUUUAAUUGGGAAGAUCAUAAUGUCUAGUUAUUACAUACAUAUUUUCAAUUUGUAAAUAAAUGAUGAACUAAUUUUUAAUCAAGAGACUGUUUUAUUAGAUUAGAAUAAAUGCUGACACUCUCACCAGUGUCUGAUUGAGCUA